AUGUCACAAAAAUCAAGUAAUCCAUACAUCAAUCUAAUCUCUGGGGGUACAGCAGGGUUGUUUGAAGCAUUAUGUUGUCACCCAUUAGACACUAUCAAAGUGCGUAUGCAAAUAUACAAGAAGUCACAUUUGUCAUCAGGUAAUCCCGGUUUCUUGGCUACAGGCGUCAACAUCUAUAAGAAUGAAGGGUUUGUUGCUCUGUAUAAAGGGUUAGGGGCUGUGGUGAUAGGGAUUAUACCCAAGAUGGCUAUUCGUUUUUCUUCGUAUGAAAUGUUUAGAAACUUGUUGACUGAUCCUCAAACUAAAACUAUCACCACGGCAAACACUUUUAUUGCCGGUGUGGGUGCUGGUGUUACCGAAAGUAUUAUGGUUGUAAAUCCCAUGGAAGUCGUCAAGAUUAGAUUACAAUCACAACAUCUAGUGCUGCAAGAAGCCGCAGCCACUGCUUCCGCCACUGCUAGUUCGGCUGCAGGUACUGCCACUGCCACCAUGACUGCUGCAGGUGGUAAUCACAUGGCUACACAUGCUGCUCCAGUGAAAUAUCGUAACGCUAUACAUGCUGCUUACAGCAUUGUAAGAGAAGAAGGGGUCGCUACGUUGUAUAAGGGUGUCUCUUUAACAGCUGCUAGACAAGCUACAAAUCAAGGUGCUAAUUUCACUGUAUACUCCAAAUUGAAAGAAUAUUUACAAGAAUCACAAAACACUACCGUGUUACCUUCAUAUCAAACCUCUUUAAUAGGGUUAAUCUCGGGUGCCAUUGGGCCUUUCACAAAUGCUCCAUUAGACACAAUCAAAACAAGAUUACAAAAGGAGAAGAAAUUGUCCAACACAUCUUCAAAGGGUAAUUGGAAAAGAAUCAUGGAAAUCGGUAAUCAAUUGGUGAAAGAAGAAGGUCCAAGAGCAUUGUAUAAAGGUAUUACCCCAAGAGUCAUGAGAGUCGCACCAGGUCAAGCUGUCACUUUCACCGUAUACGAGUUUGUAAGAAAACAAUUGGAAGAUACAAAGGUUUUCUCGACUUAA